AUGCCUGAUACGGGCAUGCCGCUGCAGGACGCUGCAGCUGCAGAUGUUGAUCACCAAACUCAGCCAAUAGAAUGGCACCGAAUCCCGGACGUCGCCAAAUUCAACCCGAUCGCGGGUAUAACCAUGCUCGCAAAUGCGAGAGACGUCGACAUGUGGGUAACGAAUGUCGAAAGAAGGCUGAGAACGCAGCAAUUACGCUGCAUGAUCGACGGAUCGAUACCAAACGGACCCCCAGACGGACACGAAGACCAUGCCAGAUGGGAGGCCGCAGACGCCCUAGUCGUGGAUUGGCUGACAUCUCAGAUCUCGUUCGAUUUAUAUCGUCAAGCACAAAACUCAUGCCUUCCAAUUGACACGGCGUAUCAAUUGUUUACCGUCAUCAAGCAGGUCUUCACCCACACACGGCCUGCAGACGCACGAUCUUACUGGGCCAAAUGGAAGUCCAUCAAACGAUCAGACUAUGCCACGAUGCAUCAGUUCGUUGAAAAUCUUUCCAAAUUGUACGUGGAUGCCACCAGAGCUGGAUACCCAUUCCCACCGGCUGAUGCACUGGACAACCUGGUGCAUGGCAUCAACGACGAGAUGACCGUAUGGUCGAAUCUCAUAAUGAACGAACUCGAACAAAUCAAGCCCGCGGACGUCACCCGCGAGCAAUUCCUCGGCUACUGCUCACGAACGCUGGCCAAAGUUGAUAAUAUGAAGAUAACAGCCGCCGCACCGAGACCUCAAGCACGUACGGCGAGCAACACCCGGAAGGGACAAAAAGGUGCACCUCCGGAAGGAACGUCCCACGAAGAACACGUCAAACAUCUCAUGGCCUCAUUGCCAGAAGAGGUGGACGGCAAAUGCGGAUAUUGCAAUAUCCCUGGGCACAAAAUCAGUAGAUGUCAUUUCUUAGUCCCAAGCGCCCGUCCACCAGGCUGGCGUUCAAGGGGAUGGAUAUGGGCAUACUUACCGAAGAGGACACCAACUCAACCAAACGCCGCAACAGCCGCGCGAGAUACGGCCGUUGGUGGUUCAAACGUUGCUACAAAUAUCGUUACAAAUAACGAAUUUGUUACUAACUUUGCUGGUGCAGCAACACACGUGACGCCUAACAUUUCGGAUAUCAACAUAAUAACAACAGCGAACUCAGCGCCAAAUUCGAGCUCUCGCACAACGUGGAUAGCAGAUACAGGCAGCGCGUACACUAUCUGCAAUGAUAUAGCCUCAUUCGUCAAUUUCACACCAACAAACAGCACCCCGGUGCGCGGGUGGCAGGGCUCAGUCUCCGAGAUGACUGGUAAGGGAGAUGUGGUGAUCCCAUUCCUAAUGGAUAACGGCACCAUCAACAAAUUAGUGGUUACUGCAUAUUAUUCGGAACAUGCAGUACACAACCUCCUAUCCGGCCAGGACCUGAAGACAAAACACGGUGCCUAUAUAUCAGAAAGGGAUAAUACCAUACGUUCGCUGCGGGACGAUUCAUUGAUAGGCUACACUUACUGUGGUGGCGGCGUUACGAUGCUAAGAAUACACCCCGAUCCUAUCCAUGCAAAUGCAGCGACGAAGGCCCCUACCACCAACAUCUCACCAGAGACCUGGCACCGAAGGCUUGCACACUGCGGAUAUCCAGCACAUCUCCAAGCCGCAAGGGCAAAUAACAUUGACGCCCCUACAAAAUUACACUGCGAGCCAUGCGCACUAACAAAAGCACGAAGGAUAGUCUCGAGAGACCCCCAAGAACGUGCCUCACAAUUUGGUGCGAAGCUCCACAUGGACCUUGUGCCAAUCAAGCCACCAGGCCUACAAGCCUAUCACCAAAUGCUCGUCGUAAUUGACGAUGCCACCAGGCUCAAAUGGGUAUUCCCCCUAACCGGCAAAGAUAAGGCCAGCGAGGUGUUACAAGGCCUCUGUGAAUACCUGAAUACAGAGACUACCUCUUACCCGCGCAAAAUACGCUGUGAUAACGGCACUGAAUUCAAACAGUUCAUUACGUGGAUACGGCUCAAAGGCGCCAGCAUCGAACUGUCACCACCUCGCUCACCUGAGUUGAACGGUAUCUCCGAGCGCCAUGCCGCGUACAUCGAACAAACCAGUAGGUCAGCCAACCACGCGCAUACACACCCUAUCACCAUCGCCGAUAUCCGCUCCCGCACACGUGCCUACAAGGUCAACCAAUCAGGAGCUAUCUGA